GGGACACUCACGAAAUCAUCUCAAGCACCGACAAGAAACAGUGGACUACAUGAUAAAGCAGCGGGAAGAUUUUGAACCAUUUGUAGAAGAUGACAUUCCUUUUGAGAAGCAUGGUAGGUCCACCGUGGGACACUGGAUCCUUCAGGAGUAAUGCAUUGGUGGCCAGUUUGGCAAAGCCUGGUACUUUUGCUGGCAAUGAUGCAAUUGUAGCCUUUGCAAGAAAUCAUCAAUUGAAUGUGGUGAUUCAUCAACUUAAUGCCCCAUUGUGGCAGAUUCGUGGUACAGAUAAAAGCAAUGGGAGGGAGUUACACAUUGCAUAUCGGUAUGGAGAGCACUAUGACAGCGUUCGGAGGAUCAAUGACAAUUCAGAAGCUCCCGCCCAUCUCCAGACUGAUUUUCAGAUGCUUCGUCAAGGUGAAUCAAAUAAAAGAGAAAAGAUGAAGACAAAGGGAGUUGACUUUGAAGACGACUUGAGAGAUGAAGUAGAAGACGCUGUCCAGAAAGUUUGCAAUGCAACUGGAUGUUCAGAUUUUAAUUUAAUAGUUCAGAACCUGGAAGCUGAAAAUUAUAAUAUUGAAUCUGCAAUAAUUGCCAUGCUUCAGAUGAACCAGGGGAAAGGAAAUAAUGCAGAGGAGAAUCUCGAGCCGAGUGGCCAAGUGGCGAAGCAGUGUGGCCCUUUAUGGGAUGAGGGUGGCAGUGGCUCCAGAAUCUUUGGAAAUCAGGGCUUAAAUGAAGGCAAGACCGAAAACAAUAAGGCGCGGGCCAGCCCUAGUGAAGAAAACAAAGCAAAUAAAAACCAAGUCCCAAAGGUAUGAAGGAUGGGGUCAAAAGGGCAAAUGGUGGGCUGCUGUAAUUCUGUGGCAGUUCUGGGAACUUGAAAUUCAUUUUAGUGUGUAUUCUCCUUUUGAUUUAUAGAGGUAGUUGUUGUGGAGAAUGUGGGGCAUGCAUAAAGGUAUAUCAAAG